CGAUGUUCGUUGGCGAUUCGAUAACGUUCGAUAAGGUCGGGUCGAUGAUGCGCUGAUGCGUCGGAAUGGUUACAUUGAUGGCACAUGCUGUUCCCGAGCUCGUGGAAAGGCUCAAACACGCCGGAGACAGUUGCCAAGACUUUGUUGCAUUCAGAUGGUUGCUGCUGCUGUUGCUCCUGCUGCUGCUGCAAUUUAGCAGACGGGACUUCGAGACCAAAGAUUAAAAUCGACAACCGCAAUUAUACUAUCAGAAAGAGUCAAAUGGGGCCUUGAUGGAUCGAAGUAAGCCAAUGUUGAAAGGAAGAAAUUCCAAAGGUUAUGGUCAGCUCAAUUCUCGGGUUACUACCUACUGAAAGCGACUGUCGAGAGGUUAUGAAGCAUCAGUGGCAUAUCUCGUGACACUGGUAAACACCAAGGCCGGUAAUCGAUAUGGUUCGACUGGCAUGUGCUUUUCCAGGAUGGUCGGGAAAAAGUUCCGUUGAAACACUUUCAACUUCCUGAGCUCCAAAUCUAUCAUGGUCGAUGAAGUCAUCUUGAACACCCACGCGGCUCGUAUCACGAGAAACGGCCAUCGCACGGCCGUUCCAGAUCCUUCCUUCCCUGUCCACCACCCGCACAACCCCGCCAACACCACCAUAGACAGAAUUCGGACGAGACGAAAGUCGCAGUAUGAGCAUGGCGGAGAAGCUGUGACAGGUCGGAGUCCAGCCCGCAUUGCAUAUUCCCUCGGGCCAUUAUGACGAACAACCCAGUCCGUCGAAAUGAUGUCGCAAUGACCACCACCGCAGAUACCUACUCGCAUCCCAGCACCUAUCCAGACGGCAGAUGACAAGUAUAAAGCUGUCUGCUCCCAUCCCCUCCUCCGUCCUGUCUUCUUCCCUUCCUCCUCAUCAACAAGCUUCAUCAGACCAUGCGAAGAAUUCCAACCGCGAUCCCCUUGAGAAUCACCAAACCAACAACCACUUCUGCCACUCGAUCUCGCCACCUUCUUCCUCGCUCAAUCACCCGCCACCAACCACAGCUCCAACAAACCCGACCAAUCUCAUCUACAAUGUCUCUCUUCUACCCGCGCUCCGCCCUCUCCCACCCUUCCUCCUCCCUCGGCAACCAGCCCACCUUUUCUUCUCUCUUCCGCAUGCUCGACGACUUUGAGAAGUACGCCCAACAAGUGAGCAGCGGCUCCCUGAUCCCAAGCAACCUCGGUUCCUCCCUUCUUCCUUCUCUGCCCUCAACAGGCGCCACCGGCGGCGUCCUCGAGACCUUCAACCCCAAGUUCGACGUGACCGAGGACGACUCCGGGUACAACCUCCAAGGCGAGCUGCCGGGCGUCGAUCCCAAGAACGUCGACAUUGAGUUCAUCGAUCCGCAGACCCUCGUCAUCUCGGGCCGCGUCGAGCGUACACAUACCGAGGGAGACCCCAACUUGCGUCUGGGCGGGCCUGCCGAGAGUAAGAAGAUUGAGGGCGGUGGUAAGGAGCAGAAGGAGACGAAGGAGACCAAAGAGCAAAAGGAGCAAAAGGAACAGCAGCAGAAGGAGCAGAAGGAAGGGGAGGGAAAGUCUAGCGCCCCGAGGUACUGGCUGAGCGAGCGCAGCUAUGGAGAGUUCAGGAGGGUGUUCAACUUCCCGACUCCGGUGGAUCAGGAUAAUGUGAACGCCAAGUUUGAGAAUGGAAUUUUGCAUGUCAAGGUGCCCAAGUCGGAGAAGAAGGGGAGUCGCAAGAUUUCCAUUCAGGCCGGCCAGAGCUCUUGAAUAGCCGACCAAGCCCGUUCGGGGAAGACGAAUGAUUAUGAGGAUUUUUGGUGACGGACGGACGGACGGACGGAUGAAGGAACCUUUUCAACAAAGGACGGACGGAUAUGAUGAAGGAAUUGAGAGAAGGAAGUUUGUCCACUUCGGCUGUUUGACUUUGGAGGAUAUGGCAUAAUGGCUGAUGAUGGUGGUGUUGGAGGACUCGGAAAAUGAUUGGGUUGUUCAUUAGUACUGCCUGUACAUACUAACACAGCAAAAACCCAAAAAAAAAACAUCAUCUUUAUACUA